GCAAACUUAUAGGGCCAAUGUCAAUAAUACUGACAGACGAUGACGCUUUCAUUCAUCCAAGUAAACAACGCGUUAAAUGCGCACGGUUUAAAUGAAACAACAAAAAGUUUCGUUUUAUUUUUAAUUAAGCAAAAUAUCAAAUAAAAACGAUUCCGAUUACAUGUACAGUUCCAAAAGUACAUACUAAUUCUAAAUCAUAAGUAAACAUUUUUUAAACCUCUUAGUUCAAAAUAUAAUUUGUUACUUCGUGGUUUUAUUAUUUUAUCGCGGGUUUGCUUUAAUCUUAAGUACGUGUGUAAUACACAUGAAUCCAUGUGUCAUACCGUUCAUACUAGAUAUAUAAGUACUUAAAUGUGCGUAAGCACAUUCAGAGGGAUUAUUUUCUUCUCACUUGCUGGAUAUUAAAUGCUGUCAGCUACUGUUUAACAUCAGCCGAAUAGUCAUCGAAGAAUCGUGUCGAAUAACGUGCCACGGUUGGAAGCCGAGUGAAAGCUGAUUGCUAGGCCAAUAACCCAGCAUUUGUUAAGUUCUUCUCGACGAUGAAGGUGCACUGCUUUCUACUCCUCGUAAUCCUCUCCCUCGCUAUCAACAAUGCUUCAGGAUCGCCGAGGACGAUAAGGCAUGACAAAGUGGUUGCCUGUUACGUUGCAUCCUGGGCGUGGUACAGACCGAGCAGUGGAAAAUUUGGGAUAAACGAUCUCCAGCCGGAACUCUGCACGCACCUCAUCUACGCGUUCGCCGGAUUGAACGACACGGAUUGGACCAUCCGAAGCCUGGACCCGUACAAGGACAUCGAGAAUGGGACAGGUGACUACAGAAGAAUAACCGAGCUCCGCAAACAGUAUCCCCAUUUAAAAGUCUCUCUCGCCAUCGGAGGCUGGGAGGAGGGCAGCAGAAAUUAUUCCAAACUAGCUUCGUCUCCUGAUCUAAGGAAGAAAUUCGUCGACAGCGUGGUGGCGUUCCUUAAAGAAUACGGUUUCAAUGGGUUCGAUCUGGAUUGGGAAUUUCCUGCGUCGCGCGGAGGACUGCCGGCGGACAAAGAGAACUUCGUAUAUCUCGUGAAGGAACUCAAGGAAGCAUUCAAACGGCCAAGAUACUUAUUAACAGCGGCAAUAAGUGCUAACAUAAUAAUUAUAAAUGAAGGGUACGACAUUCCAGAGAUAUCCAAGUACCUUGAUCACAUUCAUAUAAUGGCUUACGAUUACCACGGCACAUGGGAUUCAAAAGUGCUUCCAAACUCGCCAAUGACCAGCACAGAUAGUCUCAGCGUGGAAAGCACGAUCAAACAUUUGUUAAACAACGGUGCACCGCCGAGCAAGUUGGUGUUGGGCUUGCCCAUGUACGGAAGAACAUUUAUAUUGGCUAAGAAACCCGAUUCUCCCCAAGAGAGCCCCAUGAAUAAAAUAUGCUUGCCUGAAGGAUUCAAAGGUCCCUACACCGGCCAAGUUGGUUUCAUGGGAUACAAUGAAAUUUGCGAGGAAAUAGCGAAGAAUUCGAACAACUGGAGUACCGGAUGGGACCGAGAUAGCAGCACGCCGUACGCUAUAAAAGAGGAUCGAGUCAUCGUCUACGAUAAUCCAACGAGUAUAAAGAUAAAGAUCGAAUACGCGAUGAAGAUGAACCUUGGGGGCGUAAUGAUCUGGAGCGUCGACACCGAUGACUUCCGGGGCAGGUGCAAGGAAGGAUUCUACUUGAAGGAUUCUUUGGACACGACGGAUCAUACUUUCCCCUUGAUGCGAACCAUCAACACGGUUCUCGCGAAUUAUUCGAGUAACAAUAGCGAACCGGAGCCAAACCGGCCAACGAACAACGACAAGUCUUCCGCUGACAGAUGUCUUCUGAAUGUUACAUUAAUUUUAUUCGCCCUCCUGCUGCGAUACGCUUAACGACGUCUCGCGACAACGAAUGCCAAAAACGUUGGAAGAAACGUGAUCUCUCCGAAUCUGAAAGAGUUCCUUUAAAAAUUUAGGUACGGCAUUUACCGUGUUAAAAGAAAACUAAACUACCGAUGACUAGUUUUAAACGAUACAAAAUGGACCAAAUUGAAUCGCGUUCAUAGUAAAAUGGCGAACAACAUCAUUAGUCUCUUGCCAUGUUGAAAUUUCCGUUAACACGUCGACUGCCACAAUUUUGAAUGUUUAGUGUAAUAUUACCGAUCCUUUCGUGACAGAGACAAACUAUAUUAGGAUUAAUUACCGAUAACUAUUAUCUAGUUAUUUAGAUUACCAAAUAUAUUCUUAUCCGAUGUAAGUUCUUGUAUUGUAAUUCUUUUUAAAGAAUCUCGAAGUUCCAGUCAUGACCGUGGCGGUCAACGGCCAACAAAAGAUAUAAUUAACGCGCAUUUUCCUAUGACAACCCAUUUGUAACAAAUUAUUGUACUGUUCAUAGACUGCCGUUUCGAAUGUCAAUUGUCCAUGUACAUAGACGCAUUGUAAGAAAGUGUACAAUUAAGUGUAUAAACGAAUAAAAGCGUACUUA